UUUGCAGACUCUCUCUUUCAGUAAGAAUGGCUUUCAGACUGGAUUUAGUUUUGAUCUUCUCCUGCUUUCAUCUGAUUUGUGUCUCAUGUCAACAAGAAACCAGGUUUGUCUACAAUGGCUUUGAUCAAGCUGAUCUUUUUAUUGAUGGGCUUGCCAAGAUCCUUCCUGGUGGACUUUUGCAGUUGACAAAUGAUACAAAGUUGCAAACAGGUCAUGCUUUUUUCAACAAGCCAUUUGAUUUUAAUACAUCUUCUUCAAUUUCGUUUUAUACACGUUUUGUGUGUGCUUUGGUGCCUCCUAAGUUGGGAGCUGAGGCUGGCCAUGGGAUGGCCUUUGUUGUAUCUCCUUCCAUGAAUCUCUCUCAUGCAUACCCAACUCAGUACUUGGGCAUCUUCAACAGCUCAACAAACGUGACUUCUUCCUCUUCUCAACUGCUUGCUAUUGAGCUCGAUACUGUUGAGACAACAGAGUUUAAAGAGCCAGACGAGGCUCAUGUUGGGAUUGAUGUAAACAACCCGAUAUCUGUUGACUCUGCUCUUCCAUCUUACUUUUCUAGUGCCUUGCGGAAGAAUAUAACCAUAAAUAUCUUGAGUGGGGAACCUAUCCAGGUAUGGGUGGAUUAUGAUGGAUUGUUGUUAAAUGUCUCUCUAGCUCCUAUAGAAAUCGAGAAACCGAAUCAGCCUCUUCUGUCGCGAGCCAUCAAUCUUUCAGAAAUUUUUCAAGAAAAUAUGUUUGUUGGGUUUUCUGCAGCAACAGGGAAAUUGACUAGUAACCAGUAUAUACUUGGGUGGAGUUUUAGUAGAAGCAAAGAAUUAUUACAACCCCUUGAUAUCUCUAAACUCCCCAAAGCUCCCCUACCAGAAGAUGAACAGGCUCCUCUCCCUAGAGAUGGACAUGAUAAAGUAUCUCCUUUGCUUAUUGGGUUGGUCGUCUUAUUAGUGAUACUAGUACUGGUGGUCAUUGGAGGAUUGUACUGGUACAGGAAAAACAAGUAUGCAGAAGUACGAGACUCGUGGGAAAAGGAAUAUGGUCCACACCGAUUCUCUUACAAGUCUUUGUACAAAGCAACAAAUGGGUUUAGUAAAGAUUUUUGUGUAGGGAAAGGUGGGUUUGGAGAAGUGUACAAAGGAACUCUGCCCUUAAGCAGGCAUAUAGCUGUGAAAAGACUGUCGCAUGAUGCAGAGCAAGGAAUGAAACAGUUUGUGGCAGAAGUUGUAACUAUGGGAAGUUUACAGCAUCGCAAUUUGGUUCCUCUUCUUGGAUAUUGCAGGAGAAAAGGUGAGUUACUGCUGGUCUCUGAGUACAUGCCCAAUGGUAGUCUUGACCAGUACUUGUUUCAAAACCAAAACCCAUCUCCUUCAUGGUCGCAAAGGAUUUCUAUUCUUAAGGACAUUGCCUCGGCUCUCCAUUACCUGCAUACAGGAGCCAGUCCACCUGUUUUGCACCGAGAUAUAAAAGCUUCUAAUGUCAUGUUGGAUUCUGAGUAUAAUGGAAGGUUAGGAGAUUUUGGUAUGGCUAAGUUUCAUGAUCCCAAAGCCAACUUAUCUGCAACAGCUGCUGUGGGCACCAUAGGUUACAUGGCACCUGAGCUAAUAACAAUGGGAGCUUCUACAAAAACUGAUGUCUAUGCCUUUGGUGCUUUCCUUCUUGAAGUAACUUGUGGAAGGCGACCUGUAGAACCUGAGUUACCGGUGGAAAAGCAAUAUCUGCUCAAGUGGGUUUGUGAAUGCUGGCAACAGGCUUCUUUACUUGGGGCAAGAGAUCGAAGAUUGAGGGGAGAAUUCUUACCAGAGGAAGUCGAGAUGGUUUUGAAACUUGGGUUGCUCUGCACAAAUGCUGUGCCAGAAUCAAGGCCAUCCAUGGGACAAGUGGUACAGUACCUAAGCCAAGACCUACCCUUGCCGGAUAUUUCACCGUAUACUCCAGGUAUUGGGGCUUUUAUGCAUGUUUCAAUGGAAGCAUCAUCUGCCAUUUGUGUCCCAAAUUCAUCUAUACCUAUGUUUGUUACUCACACGAUUUUGGGAGGUUAUGGAAGAUGAGAUCUAUGAAACUAUGUAUUCUCUGCAUCUAAGUCUCUUUUGCUACCCAAAUGUUUAAUUUUUAGUCUUUUAGAUAAUUAACUACGUUGUUGGUUGAGUCUGUGUAGUCUUGUCUUCUUUCAUCGUUAAUAAGUGUUGUUUAACCGUAAGUGGCCAAGAGAGUUUUAAACGUGUAUCACUUUUCUUGUGUUUAGUAUAUGAAACCAUUAUGAUCCAUUUGAUAUGCAUAUUAAAGAGAGAAACUGUAACUUUAAUAUUCAAACGAUAUGUAUUUUACCACUGGAUUCUACCUUGUCUGUGUUUCACUUGCUUUGCUUUGAAACUUUAGUUCAAA